CUGGGGUGGGUAUCCGCAGGGCUAAGGUUACUGUGGUAUGUUAAGGGCUGCUGGGGCAGGACUAUAUAACCCCAGAAGAUCUGCUCCAAGCAGAUUCUCUGCUUUCCUCCAGCUGGAGCCACUGCCUUGCCCUCAGGAGAUCUAAGACAUGGCACCCAAGAAGGCCAAGAGAAGGGCGGGAGCAGAAGGGAGCUCCAAUGUCUUCUCCAUGUUCGACCAGACUCAGAUCCAGGAGUUCAAGGAGGCUUUCACUGUAAUCGACCAGAACAGAGAUGGUAUCAUCGACAAAGAGGAUCUGCGCGACACCUUCGCAGCCAUGGGCCGUCUCAACGUAAAGAACGAGGAGCUGGACGCCAUGAUGAAAGAAGCCAGCGGGCCCAUCAACUUCACGGUCUUUCUGACCAUGUUUGGGGAAAAACUUAAGGGUGCGGACCCUGAGGACGUCAUCACCGGAGCCUUUAAGGUCCUGGACCCAGAAGGCAAGGGCAGCAUCAAGAAGCAGUUCCUGGAGGAGCUGCUUACCACGCAGUGUGACCGAUUUUCUCAGGAGGAGAUCAAGAACAUGUGGGCAGCCUUUCCCCCAGAUGUGGGCGGCAACGUAGACUACAAGAACAUCUGCUAUGUCAUCACACACGGUGACGCUAAGGACCAGGAAUAGGGGACCCAAGGCCUCAGAAGACCUAGCCGCUCCAACUCUCACCCCGACCCUCAAUAAAACUCAACUGGUCUUUGUUUCUUA